AUGGCAUUGGAACGAUGUACUAUCCAUAUGUGGGGGCUUGAAGAGAAACCGAGCCUGAUUUCCCCCGAAAGUAUUGGUUUGUACUGGUUCUUGAACGGAUACUAUUCCAAACUGCAAGUAGCCCAUGAGAUUGAAUUUGUAUUCAGUAAUAACACUGAUCUUUCGCCAAACGAGGAGUUACCAUUAUUGGUAUUAGGUGACAAUAAGAUAUCUGGGUUUGUGAACAUCGUCGAUUAUUUAAUGCAGGAUUUGACGAGUGAGAUUGACGAUAAGGGUACUGCGCUGUUGCAAUCGUCGUUGUUACAAUACACUAGCUCAGAUUUGACUGUACUGACUAAUUACCAACUAUAUUUGAACAAGGAAAAUUACGAAACCUUUACUCGCAGACACUUUUGUAGGCUGUUGUACUGGCCCAUGUGGUACAACACUCCUUUACAUUACAGAGCGGUCGCACGAGAAAGAUGCGAGGAUCUGCUGGGGUAUUUACCUUCAGAAGAGGAAGAAGCCCUUUCUGGUUCCACCGAACCAUCAGAGUUAGCUCAAUCAAAAACUUUCAAGGUGACCCAACAGAACAAGAGAAAAGGUAAGGAAGAGCUACAAAAUGCCAAGUUCAAUAUGCAAUACCUGAAUAAACUAAGCGAGCAUUUGAAAGUCUGGAUCCAGGUCAGAGAAAGAGCCAUGUCAGAGAAAGUCAUCCCAGCGGAUCUGCUUAUGUGGGCAAACAUAUACGUUCAAUUACAACUGCCGGACAAGGACAAAGUUGCCACACACCUGUCGCAAACCUUAGGUUCUGAUUUCUUUGCUACUUUGCAAAAACAGCUCGACCUGUGUUCGCAUUUUGAGCCUAUCAUUCCCUUCAGAGAGCCUACAUUUCAAGAACAAGGAAAUGCGAUCAUGUCAAUAUAUAACAAAGGAGCUAAAUACUUGUAG